AUGGAGGACAAAUACCAGCUCGAUACGUCCAAGAGGUACUCUCGGUUACUCAUAGUUUAUUUUACGUUAAUUAUCGUGACAAAGAGCAAACUCGUCCUCUUCUUCUGCUCUCAGUGCUGUAGUUGAAUCUUCUAAUGUUGAUAUUCCUUUGACGCACUUCAAGUUCUUGUUGUUCUCUUCGUUCAUCUUGUUCAGACAAUCUUAAAACAAACUAAUAGUAACAACUACAACUUUCAGUUUCUUGGACUCGUUCGACUUCACGGCGAUAGAAGAGAUGGACCCGAGUUUGACGGAAGGGCAUCGAGUAACCUACGAUAGAGAAUGCCCCUUCGAGUUAAGGGUCCAAGACGCGGACGCAGGUCCACAAGAAGUUGGGACACUGGAAGCAAUAAAAUGCAAAAUUUUAUUUCUGGUAAGUUGUAAAGCUCCACCAAAUAAAGUACUUUAGGGUUUAGGGUUGCGCAGUAAUUUUUAGGACGAUGAAUAGGUUGAGGAUUUGCUGAUUCUGAUGUUAUAAUCGACUGCAUGAUCAUAGAUUUAAGUACUUACUCACUGUGAUCAGUUGUUGGCAUUGACAAUGAUACCCCAUGAAAUUCAGGGCGACGAAGCAGCACCAGCACACAUUCGCAUCGAGUUGACGUCAGAGAACGAUUUGUUCUUCCACUACACCCACAGCGUAGACGAACAGGGGUUUCGGCAAAUGCAGGAAAAUCAGAAACUGAUGAUAGAUUUCCCGGAUUACUGCAGUGUGGUCAUCAAGAUGCUUAACAAUUGCAUCAAAGAACCACAUAGGUACUGGUGCUAUUUUUGAUGCUAAUAUAAUUUGUUUCAAUCUUCGUGUUGUGUUGUUGUUCGAGUUAAUAAUCUAUCAUGCGUUCUUUCAUCUACUUUGCUCCUUGUUUAUCAUUCACCAAAUCAAUUCACCACGACGACCACACUAUCAGUCUUAAAAUUGCUCCGUCGCCAUCCUCCACCACACCAGCGAGCCCCCACCCCCCUCCUUCUCCUUCUCCACCCGUCCCAGUCUCCUCGCAUUUCCCCGCCCCACCCCGACCUCGCCGAGAAUCUGUUUCACUAUGCCAUUCUAGCUUCCUCGCCGUUUUCGUGAUGCAGAGGGAUGGACACGCUAGAUUAGAUUUCAUCCAGAAUAUGGAGUACAAAUUCGUGGAGCUCCUCAGUUGCGACUUCGUCGCCUCUCCAGAAGAGGUUGUCAGACAGCAAAUUAGUUUUCGAUACAACAGCGUCAAGACGAAAUUGUCGCUGAUGCAGACGAGAUUGCAGGUAUGACUAUGUGAUUCAGGGAGGUGAUGUUCUUCUCUGAUGUUGUAGAUGUAGUAAUUGCAAACCAGAUGAGCAUGAUUGCAUGUUGUAGCUUCUGUUGUCAUAUGUCCUCCUUUGUAACUAAGACUUAAACUAAAACUUCUAGAGUGAGCAAGAGCAUGAGACACUGACAAUGCACACCGACCCGAAAAAUCAGGACAUCAACGCUCUCGUAAAAGUGAAGAACCCGAGUUUGCUACUUCAAUUGCAGAGGGCGCCAGCCAGAGGUCCUAUGAAACGGUGAGAGCACAUGAAGCGGUGAUGAGAGCACCAUCCAGAGGCUCUAUGAAGCGGUGAGGCUUGCGCUUGGAAGAGACGUUUUGAAAAUUGAGUUUCAUUUACCAAGUUACUGUUUGACUUUGAGUUACUUUUUUGCUUACCGACCCAGUUCGACGUUGUUUUGUAUCUACAACUUGCUUCGGGAAAAUAGAACGAAGAUCCAAAGUGGUCACUAAAACGUGGAUGUAGUUUUUUGUCAUUUUCUUGACGUUAAAACAUUUGAUGAUUGAACUUGAGCAAUUGGAUUUUUGACUUUGGAAUCGACAAGAAGAUGAACGCCUACCUACUCAAUAUGACUGAGAAGUUGUAUCAAGGUCGUGGCGGUGACCACGCGGAAAGAACAAUAAUGAACACUGAUACUGAAAAGAGUAUGAACACUGAAUUUCAAUAUCCUAGUUUUCAAACAAGAAGCUGGCUCAUCUGGAACGCUUCUUCUCUAUUACUAUCGAGUUUAUCUUCUUGAUUAAGUUUAAGAGAAGACAUCAGAGGACUGCGGAUCUAAUUUUGAAGAUUCUUCACCACGAUGUUGACCCGAGAUUCUGCUUGGCAAGCAUCGGUUGAUCUGAACAGCAUCCCAUCGGUUUAUGUGAACAGGGUCAACUGCUGGAUCUUACUGUCUUGCUGCU